GGAGUGCAUAGUGGAGAUGCUUGGAGAAAGUUGAAAUAAAAGGGCGUGUGUGUGUGUGUGUGUGUGUGUGUGUGUACGGGUGUCUUCAUGUGUGUGCAAGGGUGUAUGUGUGUAAAGGUGUAUAUAUGUGUGUGUAAAAGAUUGAGGGAGAGAAGUUGGUGAUUGCCUUCUGCUGCUGCUUUAAAAGCUCCCACAAUGCAGCGCCCGUGUCCCAGUUCCGUUACAAUGUAUCUCCUGGCAAAGGAGAGUGAGAGAGGGCCCAAAGGAUAGGAAGAGAGAGGCCGAAAGCAGUUACUGUAACCAGAGAGCGAAAGGCCGCAGGAGGUGCGCGCGCGCGCACACAUACACAUACACACACGCGCACACACGCACACACACAUACACAUACACACUCUCAAGCACGCGCAAGGCGAAGGGGGAGGAGCCGCGCUGCUCCGUAGCCCCUUGGAGGCUGGUGCACAGCCCCUAGAGCUACAGUCAGAGCUACAGACAGACACAGACUGUGUCUCCCGCCCCCUUACUUGAUCCCAGCUGCAAAACAGCGGCGGUGGCGGCGGUGGCUGCCCCUCUCCCCUCCCAUUCCCUCCACUGCGCUGCUGCUGCUGUGCCGCCCUUGCAGCAGCAGCAGGAGCAGGAGCAGCAGCAGCAGCAGCAGCAGCAGCAGCAACUCGAGUGGUUUAGCCCUCCUCGCAGCAGCGGGAUUGGAGUUAGUGGUGGUGGGGAGGUUUUUCUCCACUCGUGGAUCCCCCAGAUCCCCUCCCUACACAUACACACAUACUCCGUGGAUGUGAAGCGUGUGUGCUUCUUGGAAUCCCUUCUUCAAAGUCCCCAGCUCUGCUCCAGGAGAAGAGAAGCCGGUGCUAAAGCCGUGGAGGGGGGCUCGCUGGCUGGAGAGGAGCGGAGCCCGAGCCACGGCUGCUGGAGGAGGAAGAGUGCUGGACUGCCCAAGCCGUCGUCGCUACCCUGGAGCUUUGCAGCAGUCUGAGCUCCCUGGAGCCGCCCGAGUCCCGGAUGCGCGGCUACUGCCCAGCACAGCUUCCCUAGGCUCCACUCUGCAGCCUACCCGGGUGUUGCAGUUGCAAAACUCUGACCCUGGAUGCUCUACUGUGUCAUCAUUUUGGUGGCUGCAGAUAUGACCUGAAAACUAGAUGCCUGGGUUUAUAGCUUCUAUAUGAUUGGCUUGCUGCACCAUGGAACUCAAAGUAUGGGUGGAUGGAGUCCAAAGGAUCGUUUGUGGGGUCACUGAAGUCACAACUUGCCAAGAGGUUGUAAUAGCCUUAGCUCAAGCAAUAGGUCGAACUGGAAGAUACACACUAAUAGAAAAAUGGAGAGAUACAGAGAGACACUUAGCACCUCAUGAAAAUCCAAUCAUUUCAUUAAACAAAUGGGGACAGUAUGCCAGUGAUGUACAACUAAUAUUACGUCGUACCGGGCCAUCUCUUAGCGAGAGGCCAACUUCAGACAGUGUUGCCCGAAUACCUGAGAGAACUUUAUAUAGACAAAGCUUGCCCCCCUUGGCUAAACUGAGGCCUCAAAAUGACAAGUCAAUAAAAAGGCGAGAGCCAAAAAGGAAAUCUUUGACAUUUACAGGAGGUGCCAAAGGACUCAUGGACAUUUUUGGGAAAGGUAAAGAAACUGAAUUUAAACAAAAAGUUCUUAGUAACUGUAAGACAACAGCAGAUGAAUUGAAAAAACUGAUCCGCCUUCAGACAGAGAAGCUUCAAUCCAUUGAGAAGCAACUUGAAUCCAAUGACAUGGAAAUUAGGUACUGGGAACAAAAGUACAAUUCUAACCUGGAAGAAGAAAUUGUUCGUCUUGAGCAGAAGAUCAAAAGAAACGAUGUAGAAAUUGAAGAGGAAGAAUUUUGGGAAAAUGAAUUACAGAUUGAACAAGAAAAUGAAAAACAGCUGAAGGAUCAGCUUCAAGAGAUGAAGCAGAGGAUCCUAGAAUGUGAAGGCAAAUUAAAAGACUAUUUGGCUCAAAUCCAUAGUAUAGAAAGUGGUCUGGAGGCAGAAAAGUUACACAGGGAAGUUCAAGAGUCACAAGUCAAUGAAGAAGAAGUGAAAGGAAAGAUUGGUAAGGUCAAAGGAGAAAUUGAUAUUCAGGGACAACAGAGUCUGAGGUUGGAAAAUGGCAUUAAAGCUGUAGAAAGAUCUCUAGGACAAGCUACCAAAAGGUUACAGGACAAAGAGCAAGAGCUAGAACAAUUGACUAAAGAGCUUCGACAAGUCAAUCUUCAGCAGUUUAUACAACAGACGGGAACAAAGGUUACAGUUCUUCCAGCUGAGCCCAUCGAAGUGGAAGCCUCACAUGCAGACAUAGAAAGGGAGGCAUCCUUCCAGUCUGGGUCCUUGAAACGUCCUGGUUCCUCUCGGCAGCUGCCCAGUAACCUUCGGAUUCUACAGAAUCCAAUUUCAUCUGGCUUUAAUCCCGAGGGCAUAUAUGUAUAAUGAUACCCACUACUUUGGGAAAGGACCAGUAAAGGUACCGAGGGACCGUACCCUUUCUUCUCUUGGAAUAGUGCCAGUGAUGAUCGGAGGAAGUAUUUCAUAAACCACCGUAUCUUUUUUUUUUCUCCCCUAUCUUGCAAACACUUGGAGCCAUACCCAGUGCACUGAUGCAGAUGAACAAAGGAACUGUGUUUCUGAAUAUCAGCAGUGUUGAAGUUUCUGUCCAGCAGCUGCCAUGCAAAGCUAUCAUUUUUAUUUGUAGUAUUUUGAAAGCAUUAGAAAAAGUAUUAUUCUGUGUUUAUAUCUAAAUAAAACAGUGACUGAAGAGAAUGGAGGAAAAAAUGUGACUGACUUUAAAGUUUAAUUUAUUCCAUUGAAUUGGUGGAUGUGUGAAUGUUAAUGUUUUAAUAUUUUUUCACCAUUUCUUAACUUGUGACUGAUUGCUUAAAAUAUUGUAUGAACCUGUAUGUGUAUGUACAUGUGUCAAGACUUCAUCUGUACCUUUAUUAGCAAUGACAGAAAUGUCGUGGGGUUCUGUGUUUUUUGCAUUAUUGCUAAAAGAACCACUUUGUAUGCAUUGUGUGGAUGGUCUCAUCCUUUACUUUUGAUAUCUUGGGGGAAAUAUGAUAUUUGCUCAACCAACUUUUUUUUUUUAUUUGAAGAGUUUAGCUUUCUUUUACAAGGAUUUUCCAGCACAUGAAGGAGAAUGCACAAGAUAGAAAUAUUUUUAUUAUAUAGAAUGUAUAUUUGUAAGUUUUUGCCAUAUUUCAGACCCUAUUAGACAAAAAAAAGUGAUUGUUGAAUAUCUUACCAAAUAGAUUUGAGGUUGUGUGUAGAUUAUUUUGUCAGCCUUUAAAAAAAAAUAACUUGCUCUAAUUAACCCUUACAAUCUAUUAAAAUACAAUCACAGUUCAAGAUCCUCUCUCUAAUGAAUGUGACUUUAAAUGAUGCCUCCUUUUAAGAGCCCAUUUCCCCUGUAGGGUCUACCAAAACAGAUACUAUGAAUGUUACUCCCUGGAUAUAGUUGAUUCCAUACAUGCUGGGUCAUUGUGCCUUCUUGAUCAUUUAGGCAAAGAAAACGAUGAACUGUGGGGGUCAAUGCAUCCUACAAUGGGAAGAAAAUUGAUUUGAACUCAGCACUUGUUUUUAAAGGAUUACUGACAAGACAUCAGAUUAUCCCUUUAUAUGUUCCACUUAAAGCCAAAAAUAGUAUUUCCCCCACAUACACAAAAUAAAUGACUGCCUAAAAUUCAUAACUAAUACCCUAAUAUAUGUUUCUCGUUAGCACUUUUACAUUCCCUAUGACCAAAAUCCAGCAUAUCACAAAGCUUUAAUCUAUACCAGAAGGAUUUUUUUUAAGGUCUAGAAAAUGUACAUUCUGUUCUAUUUCCUCAAGAAAAGAAAAACAAAAACAUGUUGUUUUUAAAACAGUUAACAGAAGUAGAUUAUGGCCUAUUCAUGAAGGGAAGCUUAGAUCUCUAAAAGUUUUAAAAUAUUUGAAUUGUCUUUGAUAUCAUUAACACUUGACAAUUGAGCUUCUUAAGAGAAAUUCAAAAGGAUACGCAUGCAUAGAUUCUUUAUUUCUUCAUUCUUUCCAGGAAAAUUAAAUCCUCUAAGCAAAAUUUUCUUCAAUGAUGCAAAUAAAUUGGAAAGUGUCCAUGAAAUGGCCUCCUUAGCUUCUACCUCUCCAAAAUGAAUCAGAACGCUUGCAUCUUUGCCACUAUUACUGAAAAUAAUUGGUUCUUAGCACUACAUUUUUUGUGAAUAACUUGGACGUUGUUUGGAUCUUCGCCAUUUUGCGCCCAGUUUACAUAUUAUCUUUUCAUUCAGAACCCUUUUAUUUUUCAUUAAAAAAUUGGGGGUAUUUUAAAGGUCAUCAUUUGGGGACUAUAUUCCAACAAAAAUAUUGGAGGAUGUACACCUAAAUAUAUGCCUUACUACUUUUUAUUUAGAGACCUCUUAUUCACAAGGAAAAACCUUCUUGAUUAUUAACUAUGUUAUGCCUAAUUACAAAAUAUAAUUUGAAACUGUUCUGAAUGUAGUGACCAAAUGAACAGAAAAGAAAAGGGAAGUGUGAGAGUGGCAGAAAAUCAUGUGCAUUAAUAGGAAUGAUUUUUAAGGCUUCUGAGAAGAUGGACACAAGACACUUCCUGGUCAUCCUCAGAAACAUUGAUGUGACUUUCUAGAUGGGAGGUAUAAAUUCAAAAUGAAGAAAGCUUAGAAUAGAGGAAGUUUUCAGUCUGCUUCUUGCGUACACAAGUUUGAAAGGGUGGUGAGAAUCCAUUUUCUUAAAUAACCUUGAAAAUGUUGGACCACCACCCCCAACCCAAUCAUUUUAUCUGCCAUGAACAAAAGGGACAGUAUCUGUGGCAGUAUUGAAAAAAACUUGCAAACUUGACUAACAUAAGUUACAGAAUUUGUGUUUACAUGUUUUUUAUAUUAUCUGGCAAUUUAAUAUACAAUAUUUUAAUACUACAGAUUGCCUUGAAAUUUAUGUUUCACAACUUUCAGAAAGAGGGCACUGCAAGAUGAUUUUUUCUACUAAAGACCAAGUUGAAAAAGCAUCAGCAUACUUGCCUUUGAAGUGUCCCUUAUUCUAUAAAAAUUGCCAAUACAUGUGCCUCAGUGGUUUUGUUGUGCUUAGAAGAGAUUUUAGUUCACCAGCAUCUGCUUUUCCUUUCAAUGCACAAGGGACUUUGAUGUAAUUUUAGUUAGCAUUAAUAGAAGUUGCACAGGCAAAUCUCUUGUUCAUCAGUUGGUCACGGGAGUCAUUCUUUGAGGUGAAAAAAAGAUGAAAGGAUUAAUAAUGGGAUUGGUAUGGUGAAACUAGAAAUGUAUUUAAGAAGCAGCAAAGACUGGGACCAUUUCACAAUGAAAUAUGGUACCCAUUUUAAAAGCUAAUUUUCUUUGUGAAUAAGAACAAAUGGUCUUUAGAUAAAAUGAUGUGAACAUCAUUCCAGGUUUAGAACUAUGAUCUAUCUGAAAUAAAUCUAAAAAUUUUGAUUUCAGAGGGUGCAGAGGAAGUGGGACAAUGGACAAAUUUCUAGUGUUCCUUACCUUUACAUAAUUGGGCCUUAAUUACCUAUGUAAAUAAAAUGGUUUUCAUAUCCCUGCCCCCAAGUUGUUUCUGAUAGCCUAUAUUGUAUAAAAUAGCAAAGACAUAUUACUUUUAUAUUAUGUCCAUUUAAUAAGGAAAUGUUGCAUGUUUAUACUAUUUGCUACAGUAUUUUAACAUUUUGGAUAAAGGCCAUCAGCUGUAUGGAGAUGACAAAACAAUCACUAUUUAUUCAGUAUUACUGCUUUAGGUUUUCAGAAUGAAGCUUUCGAUGCUAAUACAGUGAUUGCUUGAAAGCUGCAGUACCUGUUUCAAUGCAUUUUAUAUAUUUUUAGAAACCAAAAUAAAUACAGAUAACUAUUUAGUAUAUUAUGUUAAACCAGCAAGAGAUAUAAUGGCAAUAAAAUAUAUAUACAUGUUAUAAAUAUAUAUAUAGGGAAAGGGGAAAGAUUUUAAAAUAGGUUUACAACCAGACAUGGUAUCCACCCAAAAUAUAAUUUGUCAUUUUCCUCUUUUUUUUUUCAUUGUAAGGUACUUGAUUAGAAGAUUUCAGUUGCUGCUGCUUUAUACAGAAAAUACCUUGUUCACUAAUUGUGAAUAUGGAAAACAGCUCUUUCGUGCUGCUUUGCUUAACUACAAAUCACAGUUCUGUAAUCUGUACUAUAUGUAAUUAUCAUCUUCUUUUGACUGUCAUUUCAAAAAUGUAUAUUUUCUGAUUAUUAUCAUGAAUUGUUAAUGCUAUAAAACAAAGGAUAAAUAUCUGAUAUUCUCCUAUAUAAUAAAUUCCCAUGACUAA